CAGGGGCCCCUUUUCCGCGGUGCACAAAACAAUGCUUGCGUUCAGAAAUGCUUUGGAGGGAAAGCGACUUAAGUUUGAUCGAUUGUUUGUGGUCUUUUCUGGCUUUAUGUUUUCUUGCUGCUUUCUGUUUUCAUAAGACGCUGGCUCGCCCGCAGAAGGAACACGAAAAGUCUACUUUGUUUACAUGUUUUCAGGAUCUGAUUAGAUACGGAAAAACUAAACAAGCCCUGCACAGAGGCGACUGGCUGCGAGUGUUUGACGUGCCCAAAAGGUGGUUCUGGCACUUUUACCUCGUCUCUUUUUGCUGGAAUGUUUUUCUUCUGGUGUUGUAUUUGAACUCCACCUGUCGUCAGCAGCCGCUUCCAUCGUGGCUGACUGGUAUUCUAGACAUGUUGACUGGUGUCGUCACCACAGACAUCAAAGUCCCACAGCUGUCCACUGUCCUGGUGCAGCUGCUGCUCUCCAUCCACUCCCUCAGGAGGCUGCUGGAGUGUCUGUUUGUCAGUGUUUUUUCUGAUGGGGUCAUCCAUUUGGUGCAGUAUGUGUUUGGUUUGGGCUAUUACAUAGUGCUGGGAUUGACGGUUCUCUGCUCAGAUCACGGAGCCAAAGGUACUGGCUCUCUCAUGUCCCAGCUGGAUUGGAUUCAUGUGGUUGGAUUUAUCAUUUACGUUGGGGCCUCACUGCUGCAGCAUCGGUCCAUGCUCCUUCUGGCCAGGCUUCGUACAGGAACAUCUGGGAAAGUGGAGACGCUGGCUCACAGGAUGCCAACAGGAGGCUGGUUUGAGCUGGUUUCAUGCCCACAUUACUUUGCAGAGCUGCUGAUCUACAUUUCAUUUAGCUUAGUUUUUGGUGGCCUCUCUCUGACCUGGUGGCUUGUGGUCCUUUAUGUACUUUUCAACCAGGCGCUAGCAGGGCAGCUGUGUCAUGAGCUUUAUGUUAGCAAGUUCCACUCCUAUCCAAAGCACAGAAAAGUAAUUAUACCCUUUGUGUUCUGAAACUUCUUGCUAGGUGUUUUGGUGAAAAGUUGACUUUUUUUUUUUCGAAAGAUGUAUUUUUAAUGCUAAUGAGACAAAAUAGUCAAAUAAAACUGUUAAAUAGACAAA